GCAAAAUACGAUUCCAUGUGUCUUCAGUUUUCUAUGGUUGUUGGAAGAGGAGCCUUUGGUGUGGUCUGCAAGGCAAAAUGGCGAGCUAAAGAUGUAGCCAUUAAACAAAUAGAAAGUGAAUCUGAAAGAAAAGCCUUCAUUGUAGAGCUUCGACAACUGUCACGAGUAAACCAUCCCAAUAUUGUCAAGUUAUAUGGAGCCUGUCUAAAUCCAGUGUGUCUUGUUAUGGAGUAUGCUGAAGGAGGUUCUCUGUACAAUGUGCUGCAUGGUGCUGAACCUCUGCCUCAUUAUACUGCUGCACAUGCCAUGAGUUGGUGUUUACAGUGUUCCCAAGGAGUGGCGUAUCUCCACAGUAUGAAACCAAAGGCUCUAAUCCACAGAGACCUGAAACCACCAAAUUUGCUCUUGGUAGCUGGGGGGACGGUUCUAAAAAUCUGUGAUUUUGGUACAGCCUGUGAUAUUCAAACACACAUGACCAACAAUAAGGGAAGUGCAGCUUGGAUGGCACCUGAAGUUUUUGAAGGUAGCAAUUACAGUGAAAAAUGUGAUGUUUUCAGUUGGGGUAUUAUUCUCUGGGAGGUAAUCACCCGUAGGAAACCUUUUGAUGAGAUUGGUGGUCCAGCUUUCCGCAUAAUGUGGGCAGUUCACAAUGGUACUCGGCCACCACUGAUCAAAAACUUACCUAAACCAAUUGAGAGUUUAAUGACCCGUUGUUGGUCCAAGGAUCCCUCACAAAGACCAUCCAUGGAGGAAAUUGUUAAAAUAAUGACACACUUGAUGCGGUACUUUCCAGGAGCUGAUGAACCUCUGCAGUAUCCGUGCCAGUAUUCAGAUGAAGGCCAAAGCAACUCUGCCACAAGUACAGGUUCAUUCAUGGACAUCACUUCUACAAAUACAAGUAACAAGAGUGAUGCUAACGUGGAACCAAGUGACUUACAAGGAGCUUCUACCAAUGACACUAUUAAACGUUUAGAGUCAAAAUUGGCACAGCAAAUGAAAAAUACAGCCAAGCAGCCGGGUGAUCCUGGUCGUUUGAGUUUACCCCCAUCUCGUGGGAGCAGUGUGGAGAGCUUGUCAGAUGUUCGCGCGCGACCACAGUCAGCCCUUGUUUCAGGAGAAGCCAAAAGGAUGAGUGCUGACAUGUCUGAAACAGAAGCAAGAAUAGCUUCCAUCACAGCCUAUUCCAAGCCUAAACGAGGCCAUCGUAAAACUGCUUCAUUUGGCAACAUUCUGGAUGUCCCUGAGAUCAUCAUACCAGCAGGAAACGGGCAGCAGAGGCGCAGAUCCAUUCAAGAUCUUAGUGUUGCUGGAACAGAGUCCAGUCAGGAGAGUAGGAACAGCAGUAGAUCAUCUAGUCCUAGUGUGAGAAUGAUCACUACCUCGGGACCAACCUCUGAAAAGCCAACUCGUAAUCCAUGGACACCAGAUGAUGCAGAGACCAAUGGGUCAGAUAACUCCAUCCCAAUGGCGUAUCUUACAUUAGAUCAUCAGUUACAGCCUCUAGCACCGUGCCCAAACUCCAAAGAAUCUAUGGCUGUGUUUGAACAGCACUGCAAAAUGGCACAAGAAUAUAUGAAAGUUCAGACAGAAAUUGCAUUGCUGUUGCAGAGGAAGCAAGAACUGAUAGCAGAACUGGACCAGGAUGAAAAAGACCAGCAAAACACAUCCCGUCUGGUACAAGAACAUAAAAAGCUGUUAGAUGAAAACAAAAGUCUCUCAACUUACUAUCAGCAAUGCAAAAAACAAUUAGAAGUCAUCAGAAAUCAGCAACAGAAACGGCCAGGCACAUCAUGAUUUCCUGGGACCUUUCAAAUGAAAAAUAUGCACAGAAAAGACUGAUAUUUUUUUUAUUGUUAUUAUUAUCCCUUAUUAUGACAACUCAUGAGUGUUAGCUUCUUGGUGUGAUCUGUAUUUGUCUGCUACACUUAACAUCAUUUAAUUUUCUUUUUCCUAUGGUGGACAUCCAGUUCAACAGGUUAAUCAAAUAAGGUGAGAAAACAGUGACUUGAAUUAACCAACAGCCCUCAGUUUAAAGCAAGACCAGUGGCUGUAUGCAUGCUCCUUGUGUGAAGGCUAGCCUAACAAGUGUUACAGUGGCUGCUAACUUUUAAGAUCUUGUUUUUAGUUUUUGGUGUUACCUCGAUAAGAGCAAAACAAAAACUUUCCUGUUUAAGAAUGGUUUUGUUCCAGUGUCUCAUCUCAAACUAUUAAUAUGAUGAUUUUUUUCAGGACUUAAACAUGCACCAGGCUGCAGAGGUGAUGUUGGCUGACCAGAGUAAUUCAUGAUGCAUUAGUGAUGCCUUUUACCUGUAGACGUAGUGUAUUUUUUCCACAUGCAAAAUGGUAGGCAAACUGAUGCCAGCAUCCUUGGUUCAGUGCUUGAUAGCCCUG